CAUCAAAGUAGUCCAUUACCAAAACAGACUUCACUCAUCAUGCACUUCUCAACUCUUCUCGCUGGCCUCGCCACUUUCUCUACGGCUGUAACCGCCACCCCUACGGAAAAGCCUCACGUCGGCGUCGCCAUCCUCACCGUCAACGAACCAGAGGACAGUACUCUUCCUCUCAACGUCCCUCUCGGCGUUCUCACCCACCAGAAGAACAACAAGCUCACAGAGCUGGAGUUUGUUAACGUCUACUCUACUGUGAAGGGUGUCAAGCCUCCCAAGAUGGACCAGAUUAGAUGCCAGAUGUACAAGGAUCAGUAUGGCACUGUGCCUAUCACCAAGGAUCUCACUGCAGAAAAUGGUGUUGUUAGCAAGAAGCCCAUCUACCUUGGAUGGGUUCUCUGCCGUGUCAAGGCGCAGAAGUAGGCUGCAGUAGUUGGAGUCAUUUGGAUGUUUUAUUUGUCUCAUCAUGUGAUAGGCGGAGCAUUGAACAUUGAAUACAGGAUCAAGUGUAAUGA